UCAAAUCAAAAUCAAAGCAAAUUUUGAUUUUGAGGAUUUUGAGGUUACAAGUAAAGUUAUUAAUUAUUAUCUAUUGUUUUAGUUUCGAAGAUAAAUAAAGAUGAAUGUUGUUAAAAAAAUAUUUUCUGGUCCACUAUUAUGUAGAUUAAAUUCAAGUUUUGCAACUGAAUUUGUAAACAGGAAUCCAAGGAAUUUAGAGAAAAUCAGGAUAGCUCGUAAACCCGAUGGAUACCACCUGGAUAAACCUGGAAGAAAGUUUUGGCAUAAAUUGGUGCUCACACCGACCAAAAGGACUGUCACAGCACAAGUAGUACACUAUCUGAAUGGGCCAGUCAUUGAGGCUAAAACAUCAGAAUGGGCUCUACGCAAACAAUUAUACAGUAUCAAUGACACAAGUGCCUACAUUAACUUGGGUCGAGUUUUCGCACAACGGUGCCUAGAAUUUGGCAUCAGUGAAAUGUAUUGUGAUAUCAAGCCUGUGAAAGGUGGAAAGACAGAAAAAUUUCUAAAGGAAGUUGUUGAAGGCGGAAUAAAAUUAGAAGAAUGUGAAGUUUAUAAAAAAUCUAAUCCAUGGGACUGGAAUAGGCCUGAAAAACCUUGGGAGGUCACUGAAGAAUAGUAGUAUUUAUUUGUAUUGUUAAUUAAUAAAUUUAGAAUUCCCAA